AUGCAACACAAUGAUACAAGUUCAAAUAAUUUAUUUACAAAUAUUGAACAGUUAGGUACACGUGAUUUAUUAUCCUAUGGACAACUUUCAUAUGAUACUAUAUUAACAUCAAUCCAAAGUUCAUUUAUAUAUCUAUCUGAUUUAUUUCCAUCAUCACCACAUUUAUCAAAUUUAUAUGAUGAAUAUUUUUGUACAUGUAUAUUACUUGAACAAAGAACAAAAGAAUAUAAUGAAUUAUAUCUACGUUUAAUUGAACGUAAUUAUAAAUUUAUAACUAAAACUCAUGCAUAUGCAUCAUGUUUAUUCAUGAAGUUGAUUUAA